AUGACCAAAGCCGAAGACCAGACCAACCAGCAGCCAUGGCAGCUCAAGGUAGCAACGAAGCGAGAAAGAUGUCAGGCCGCCAUCCCCGCAGCUUGGCGCCUGUCAGAUGAAUUCAAGAAGUCCAUCGGUGCAAGCGCAUCAUCGGGGACAAACCUCAUCGAGCUCCAAGCUAUAUCAAAAAGCGGCAUUCUUUCUGCUAGAGAACUCGAAAUUACCGAGACAGGCUCAGCUUCGGAUCUGCUGAAAAAGCUGCACAGUGGCGAAAUCUCAGCGGAAGAUGCAACCGUUGCAUUUUCAAAGAGAGCGGCAGUUGCGGGACAGUUGACAUCAUGCGUGACCGAGACUUUCUUUGACCAGGCGCUGGAAAGGGCACAAUUCCUCGACAACUAUCUGAAGCGGGAGAAGAAGCCCAUCGGUCCCCUCCACGGCCUCCCUAUUAGUAUCAAGGAUAGUUUCCAGUUCAAGGGCGUCGACAGCACCAUCGGCUUCGUGUCGUUUUUGGAGAACGGGCCGGCGACCAAGAAUUCUGCGAUUGUGCAGAUGCUUUUGGACCUCGGCGCUGUCUUGUACUGCAAGACGAAUGUUCCUCAAACCCUGAUGACCGCAGACUCAGACAACAACGUUUUCGGGCGGACGCUCAACCCGCACAACACGAGCCUGACAGCCGGCGGAUCGAGCGGAGGUGAGGGCGCGCUCGUGGCCUUGCGUGGCUCCCUGCUCGGCGUCGGCACCGACAUCGCCGGCUCCAUCCGCAUUCCUUCGUUGUGCUGCGGCGUGUACGGAUUCAGGCCGACCGCAGACCGGAUGCCGUACGGCGGCCAGGUCUCUCCAGCUCUCGACGGCAUUCCCGGAAUCAUCCCCACCGCCGGGCCGCUAGCCACGAGCUUCGCUGACCUCGAGCUUUUCUUCAAGACCAUUCUCGAUGCCGAUCCUGCCAAGUAUGAUAGCAGCGCCGUUUCGGUUCCUUUUACCUCCAGGCCCGGCAGCACCCUCGAGGAUCUUCGCAAGCGUCCGCUGAGAAUCGGUCUGCUGCCCGAAGAUCCCGCCUUCCCUCUUCACCCGCCCGUCAAGCGCGCCCUGGCCGAGGCGAGUGCCGCUCUCUCCAAGGCUGGACAUGAAAUUAUCAAGCUGCCGUUCGACCCUGCGACGAGUACUGCGAAGGCGAACGGGCUUGGCUUCCAGCUGUUCUCGAUCGACCCGCUUGACACGGCAAUGAGGCAUAUCCAGGCGUCUGGAGAACCGCUUGUGGAUUCCGUCAGGCUUGGCAUACCACCGGGCGAGAGGCACACGUACACUAUAGAUCAGCUCGCGGGAUUAAACGUGCAGAGGCAUGACUAUACCGACGCGUGGCGUCAGACGUGGCUGGAAAACAGGCUGGACGUUGUCCUGGCACCUGGGGCGCAGAACACCGCCGUGCCGCAUGAUACUUACAACAUGCCUCCGUACACGCUAAUCUGGAACGUCCUUGAUUACCCUGCCUGCAUCAUCCCGUACGGAAAGGCAUCCAAAGAGUUGGACUCUGAACCCCAGCUUCUUCAACCCCAGGAGGGACCAAGUUACAAUCCAGACAUCGUCCAUGGUGCACCUCGCGCUGUUCAGGUGGUGGCGCCCAGGUUCGGGGAUGAAAAGUGUCUGGCGGCUGCGCAUAUCGUUGAUGAAGUUCUCAACGGCCUCCAGUGA